AUGCUUGCUGGAAUGACUGUUUAUGUGAAACACACGGUUGAAGGUAUCAAGCUAUCAUUUUUAGGAUAUUCGCAUAAAUUGAAAAGUUUUGUCAAAGAAAUCGUAACAAAAUUUGUGAAUUAUUAUCAACCAGUUACUGACCGUUUCGAAUGUAUUCGUGAGAAUAUGUCUCGAGAGUUUUCCAACUUCUCAAUGAAACCAGCUUAUCAACAGUCCGGUGCAUAUUUAACAAGUCUUAUUUCAGAUCAUUCUUGGAUCAGUGAUGAUUUUGUGCGCGCUUUUAAAGAGGUUACGUACGAAAGGUUAAUUAACUUCAUCAUGGAAUUUCAUGAACGCAUUUUUAUUGAAGGCCUUAUCUAUGGAAAUAUCACUGAAGAGGAUGCAAUAAGUUAUCACGAAAUGGUUCGGGACUUGUUGGUACAAAAGAUGAAUUCUAAACCACUUUUACUGUCUCACAUCUUAACCUCUCGAGAAGUAAUAAUUCCUGAAGAUUCCAGUUUUCUUUAUCAACGAUAUAUUUCUGGUCAACCGGCUUCUGCGAUUUACUAUUAUCUUCAGUGUGGUGAACAAUCUACGUUUAAUGAUACAUUGCUUAAUUUGUUUUGUCAGAUUGUCAGCGAGCCUGUUUUCAAUAAAUUACGUACCGAGCAACAAUUGGGUUAUAUUGUACAGGCUGGACUUCGACGAUCCAACAAACUGCAAGGUUUUCGUAUUUUAGUGCAAUCAUCUUAUCAUCCUAAUAAAAUUGAUAAAUGUAUCGAAGAAUUUCUACUUACUGUAAAUAAACUGUUAGAAGAUAUGUCUGAUGAAGAAUUUAAUGUUCAUGUGCAAUCCCUCAUGACACAUUUACUGGAAAAACCGAAAGGUAUGCAAGAACGAUUUGGGCGUUUAUGGUCUGAAAUUGCUUGUCGACAUUAUAAUUUCAAACGACAUUUACAUGAAGCCGAUGUCCUGAAAUCGCUGAAAAGAAUGAUGUUGUCGAUUUCUUUAGAAGGUAUAUGGAUCCAUCAUCAUGUAGAAGGAGAAAAUUAA